UUACCACCUACCUCUGUUCACAUUACCCGCAAUCUCCAUUUUCAAUACAAACUAGAAACCACCCUCUCAAUUCUCAAAUUUAUGGCGCUUUCUUCUAUUUCUUUCCAUCUAAGUAUACUCCUUUCAAACUUCGCUUUCUAAACUUAAUUAACUUGAUUGAUUCCUUUCCAUAUGUUACAUGAUUUCAUCCAUGAUUUUAUAUAUAUACCCUUUCUUUUAUUGACUUUCCCCUCUAUGUUUUUCAUCUACUCUCCUUAAACACAGAAUUUUAGCUAUUUCUUCAUCAAUUACUCUUAUUUGUUUUCUGCGUAUUUUAAUCAAUCACCUGUUUUCAACCUUUAAGAUUUAAGAUUACUACUACACUCCAUGGCAAGUGAUUCUUCUUCUCAACCCAAUUCAAUUCACGAUUUUGUUGUCAAGGAUGCUCGUGGAAAUGAUGUUGAUCUUAGUAUUUACAAAGGAAAGGUGCUGUUGAUUGUCAAUGUUGCUUCACAAUGUGGUUUGACCAAUUCAAACUACACAGAGAUGGCUAAAUUGUACGAAAAGUAUAAAGACAAAGGCCUAGAGAUUUUGGCAUUCCCAUGCAACCAAUUCGGCAACCAAGAGCCAGGCACUAAUGAGGAGAUCAUGCAGUUUGCUUGCACUCGUUUUAAGGCUGAGUACCCCAUUUUUGACAAGGUGGAUGUGAAUGGUAGUAAUGCUGCACCCAUAUACAAGUUCUUGAAAGCAAAAAAAGGUGGGAUUUUUGGAGACGGAAUCAAGUGGAAUUUCACCAAAUUUCUCGUAGACCAAAACGGAGUUGUUGUAGAUCGUUAUGCUCCAACUACUUCCCCAUCGAGCAUCGAGAAGGACAUCAAGAAACUGCUUGGUAUCUCAUGAAGUGUUGCGUUCCUUGGAGACUGAUUCGCUUGCUAAGACGGGACACAUAGGAUAUCCAAAAUAAAAAGUCGCGAUGAACAUCUAUGUGUGAUGUGUUUCGUUUGUUUGUUCACAUUCAUGCAGUAUUUAAUUAUGGGUUAUGUAUCUAUGAAAGUUGUUCAUUAGUUCACAAUACACUCUUUUCUUGGUUUACAUUGUAUCAAGAUGUAUUUCAUGCUCAAAGAAUUGUUUUUACUACAUAUAAUGCAGUUUAAGGGUUUUGAAUAA